UUAUAAGCACUCAGAUUCUCAGCUUGUCUGAUAACUUGAAUAGCUCAUCGACUUGCGAGUUACGAAGUUGCUUAUCCCUUCCUUUCUUUGGUUCUUCUAUUCCCAAUUCUCAAGGCAAUCCAUCCUCUACUUCCUUGCCUUCCAUUUCCACUCCAUUCUUUGAUUCUUUGAUGCAAGUAUUAAGUGUUCUUCUCUGUUCUUGAAGUUCAGUUGCAGUGAAGGUGAGGUGUGAGCUAAAACAAUGGCGGCGCCUGUAGUUGAUGCGGAGUACCUCAAGCAAAUCGAGAAAGCUCGUCGGAAUCUUCGUGGACUCAUCUCCAGCAAGAACUGUGCCCCUAUCAUGCUUCGUUUGGCAUGGCAUGAUGCUGGCACCUAUGAUGUUAAGACAAAUACAGGUGGUCCAAAUGGUUCAAUCCGCAAUGAGGAAGAGUACAUGCAUGGUUCCAAUAAUGGAUUAAAAAAAGCGAUAGAUUUAUGUGAAGAAGUGAAGGCAAAACAUCCAAAGAUUACAUAUGCAGACCUUUAUCAGCUUGCUGGAGUUGUUGCUGUUGAGGUCACUGGAGGCCCCACCAUUGACUUUGUUCCUGGAAGAAAGGACUCAUUGGCUUCUCCCAAAGAAGGUCGACUUCCAGAUGCUAAGAAAGGUGUACAACAUCUGAGGGACGUGUUUUAUAGGAUGGGUUUGAAUGACAAAGAUAUUGUCGCAUUAUCUGGGGGCCACACAUUGGGAAUGGCACAUCCAGAGAGGUCAGGCUUUGAGGGACCUUGGACUAAGGAACCUUUGAAGUUUGACAAUUCCUAUUUUGUAGAGCUGCUAAAAGGAGAAACAAAUGAGCUACUGCAGCUUCCCACGGACAAGGCCCUGUUGGAGGAUCCUGAGUUCCGCCGCUAUGUUGAGCUGUAUGCAAAGGAUGAGGAUGUGUUUUUCAGAGACUAUGCAGAAUCACACAAGAAGCUUUCAGAACUGGGGUUUACUCCAAAGUCUUCUGGUUCCAAAGCAGAGGUAAAGUGUGGUACCAUAUUGGCGCAAAGUGCAGUGGGAGUUGCUGUUGCUGCAGCUGUGGUGAUCAUCAGUUUCUUAUAUGAAGCUCACAGAAGAGUCCAGUAAAUCAAAACUGGUUUGCUGGUCUCGGUGCUUGAUUGGACUUGUCAGGCAAUCCGUUCUAUACACCUCAGUUGAAUGAAGCUCAUGUCUGCAAAAUAGUGAACUGGUUAUUCUAUACUUCAUUUGAAUACGAAUGUCAUUUACGCUUAAUUAGUGGCGGCAUAAUUGUUACCUAAGUGGGAUAUAGACCCACCAGUUAGUAAAAGAUACAAUUUGAACUGCUAUCUUGGUUUCAGAUAUUGUAGUCAAUAUUAUAAAGGCUGUAUGGCCAUUUACUUCUGCUGUAGCAAA